UCUUUCCUAUAUAUAAUCGCUUAAAACUUAAAACCCUAGCCCUCUCUCUUUGUAUCCUUCAGAACCAGUGGCAGAGCAGCCUUUACAAACCUAAACAAUGGCUGUUCCUUUGCUGACAAAGAAGAUUGUUAAGAAGCGUGUGAAGCAGUUCAAGCGCCCACAAAGUGACAGGAAGAUUUCUGUCAAGCCAAGCUGGAGAAGGCCUAAGGGUAUUGAUUCACGUGUCAGGAGGAAGUUCAAAGGAUGUGCUCUGAUGCCAAAUAUCGGUUAUGGCUCAGACAAAAAGACUCGCCACUUUCUUCCCAAUGGAUUUAAGAAAUUUGUUGUGCACAAUGUCAAGGAGCUGGAACUUCUUAUGAUGCACAACAGGACCUACUGUGCUGAGAUAGCACACAACAUAUCGACCCGGAAGAGAAAGGAGAUUGUUGAGCGUGCAGCGCAGUUGGAUGUUGUUGUCACCAACAAACUGGCUAGGUUGCGCAGCCAGGAGGAUGAGUAAACUUGGUGCCAUAAUUUUGUUUGUUUCAAUUUGGUACAAUUGUUAGGCAGUUUCUUCACUUUAAAUUUUGUAAGGAUAAUUCUGUUUUGGUUGAAUGGUUUUGAAUCUAAACCUGGCUACUGUUUGAGUCACUUUAAUUGACAUCUUGAAGAGCUUUUAUUCACAAUGCUAGAUUGUUUAUGUUAAUUCCCUUGUUUUU